AUGGAAAAACAACAAUUGAACGAGAUUGAUUUUGUUGCGGACCAGCAGCAACAGUACGUUGCUCCCGCAACCCGAUCGUGGAAGAAAAUCGGCUUCUUGGUCGUUUCUGCCCUCACGGUGGGCACUCUGGUUUGCAAGUCUGGAGUCUCGACCAAGUGUAUGAACCACAUGUAUGGCAGUGCGCAUUCUGCGACUGGCGAUUCUCUUUGUCCCUCGCAGGCCAAGCUUGUUCCCGAGGGAUUCACCAACCUGGAUUUCAUUCUCAAGGAUGAGAAGUACCACGACAAGGCUCUGAAAACCUUCCAGGGUGCCAUUCAGAUCCCUACCGAAAGCUACGACGACAUGGGACCUGUGGGCGAGGAGCCCCGGUUCGACAUUUUCAAGAACUUUUCUUCCUACCUGGAAAAAUCCUUCCCCAAGGUGCACUCUGAGCUCGAGGUUGAGCAUGUCAACACCUAUGGCCUCGUCUACACUUGGAAGGGAUCUAACAAGGAUCUCAAGCCUCAAUUGCUCAUGGCUCAUCAGGAUGUUGUUCCUGUGAACAGCGACACUGAGGAGAAAUGGACUCAUCCCCCAUUUUCUGGCUACUUUGAUGGCAAGUACAUCUGGGGACGAGGCACUGUUGACACCAAGAACACUGUUGUUGGCUCUCUGGCUGCAGUUGAGCUGCUGCUGAAGGAGGGUUACACUCCCGAGCGAACUCACAUUCUUGGCUUUGGCUUUGACGAGGAGAUAUCGGGUCCCCAGGGCGCCAAGUUCAUCUCUGAGCAUCUCUACAACAAGUACGGUGAGAAAUCUCUGUUUGCCAUCCUUGAUGAGGGUUCUGGAAUUCUAGAGACCGAGAAUUUCGCCAUGAUUGUUGCUGCUACCGGCGAGAAGGGCUAUCUGGACGUUUCCAUCUCUGUUAACGUAGCCGGUGGACACUCUUCUAUGCCCCCCAAGCAUACUGGUAUUGGACUUGCUGCUCUGAUCGUGGCGGAGAUUGAGAAGACCCCUUAUAAGCCUCUGUUGACCCAGCAGAACCCCUUCUUCUACACUCUUCAGUGUGUUGCUGACCAUGAUCCCAGUCUCAGUGACGCCCUCAAGACUCUUAUUCGAAAGUCUGGCAACGACCUUAUUGCCAACAAGAAGCUCGUGAGCAUUCUCAGCGGCAAUCCCAAGUACAGAGAUCUCAUUCGAACCACCCAGGCGGUAGAUAUCAUCAACGGAGGAGUCAAGAGCAAUGCUCUGCCCGAGACCACCACUUUUGUUGUCAACCAGCGAAUCGAGAUUGAGUCUGACGUGUCUACUGCCCAGGACAAGAUUGUCCAGAACGUGCUAACCAUUGCCAAGGAGCACGAUCUGUCUGUUUCUGCCUUUGGUGACUUCAUCAUUGAGGGCAAGUCCGGAGAAGUUGUUGUUGAGCUCUUUGGCUUGCCUCUCGAAGUCGCCCCUCAGGCCCCCGUCUCUGGACCCACUUGGGAUCUCAUUGUUGGAACUGCCCUGCACGUUUUCAAGGACACUGUUUACCCCGAAGACUUUAACCUCUUUGCUGCUCCCGGAAUCAUGACCGGAAACACCGACACUCGACAUUACUGGGCUCUGACCGACGCCAUUUACCGGUUCAACCCCGUCCGAGAGUCUGCCGCUUUCGGCAUCCACACUGUGAACGAGCACCUCGAGUUCCAGAGCCACCUGGAGACCAUUGCCUACUACUACGAGUUUGUCAAGAACGGCGAGCACUUCAGCAAGAAGCAGGAGUAA